AUGGCCGCCGGAGUUUUUGGCACCGACGGAGACGGCGACGAAGAGGCUGAAAAAGUGCUCCAGGGAUUCUGCCAAGGUGAAGGAGGAGCACGUGGGAGUAGAGAGGCCGAACCAGAAAGUGAUCCGGGAAACAUGGAGCUUCAGCUUGUAGCGGGAAUCCAGGUGACUAGGCUGCUGCAUGCUUCUGUUGUCAGCUGCUUGAAGUCUGAAUGCAGCAGCAAAAUUAGACCAAAACGAACCCAACUGUCUAACAAAGUUAGUGUUGGAAAAGACACCAGAGGUGGAAAGGCAAGGUCUUCAAAGAAUUUGGGAAGUGAUCAGGUAGUAAAAGCACAUGCAUUCAGUAAUGCCCCGGCAAAGGAAACCAACAUCUAUGGUUUUGUUGAAAUUGAAGUUGAGACAACAUCUAAAGCGGCAAAGGGUUCUAGAGCUAUCUCCAAUUCUGUUGAAAACAUUGGAAAUGCCAACUCAGAAACUACCUUGGUGGAUAUUUUGUCAGCACAUGAAGAUAGGAAACAAGGGUGUGCCUCUAAGAACUCUCAGAUGCAAGAGGAACAGCCUCUUGUCAGAGAAGCUCAGAUAAAGGGUGGGAGUGCCAAUGAGAAACGUCAUAAGAUAGUGGCAACUUCAUGUGCAAAUUGCACCAGUCGUGAUGGCCUUUCAGGUUACCAAAUGGCAUCAGAAAAUGCAUUAUUAGCAAGUAAAGUCGCACCUCCAUGUGAAAAUGAAUUCAAUGGAAGAGAAGAUAGUCUUAUCUCUUGUAAGAAAAAGGGGAAAGAAGAUAUUCACGAAUUGAAUGGAGCUUCUAGUGACAUCUCAUCAAUGAGUACGCUGUCCUUGGUUCUUGGUGAUGAAACAAGGAUUGAAUGGGACCCCCAAACUCAGCAAAGAGCAGAAAGUCUGGAGUCACUACUAGAGAUCUGUUCAGAUUUACUAAAACAGGAAAGACUUGAGGAACUUGCAGGGGUGUUAAGACCUUUUGGUGAAGAAGCUGUUUCAUCAAGAGAAACAGCAAUUUGGCUGACACAGAGCCUAAUGAAUACUCGCAAAACUGGCAGUGUAGCCUAG